AUGGAUUACCUCCUGGGGUUUGGACUGCUCUUCUGGGGGGUGUCCCCAUCCAGCAGCACGGCACCACAGCAGGACAAGAGCAACGUGCCCCGGCUGAAGCUCUCCUACAAAGAGAUGAUGGACUCCAACAACGUGAUCACCUUCACUGGGUUUCCGAACAGCUCGAGCUACCACACCUUCCUGCUGGACGAAGAGCGUGGCCGCCUGCUAGUGGGGGCCAAGGACCACAUCUUCUCCUUCAGCCUCGUGAACAUCAACAAGGACUUGCUGACGAUAUCGUGGCCCGCAACUCCAUCCAGGCGAGACGAGUGCAAGUGGGCGGGGAAAGAUUUCACGAAAGAGUGUGCCAACUUUAUCAAAGUGCUCCAGGCGUUUAACCAGACUCACCUGUACGCGUGCGGGACGGGCGCCUUUCACCCCAUCUGCGCAUACCUGGAGGUGGGCAAACGGCCCGAGGACAACAUGUUCCGGCUGGAGACGAGCCGCUUUGAGAACGGCCGCGGAAAGAGUCCGUACGACCCGAAGAUGCUGACCGCUUCCCUGCUGGUUGAUGGAGAGCUGUACUCGGGAACGUCGGCGGACUUCAUGGGACGGGACUUCGCUGUGUUCCGCACGCUGGGACUGCACCACCCUAUCCGGACGGAGCAGCACGAUUCCCGCUGGCUGAACGAGCCCCGGUUUGUGGGGGCACACCUAAUCCCCGAGAGCGACAACCCGGAAGAUGACAAGAUCUACCUGUUCUUCCGUGAGAGCGCCAUGGACGGGGAGCACACAGGCAGGGCCACGCACGCCCGCGUGGCACAGCUCUGCAAGAAUGAUUUUGGAGGGAACAGAAGCCUGGUCAAUAAAUGGACCACCUUCCUGAAGGCCCGCUUAAUUUGCUCGGUACCGGGACUAAACGGCAUCGACACGCACUUCGACGAGCUACAGGAUGUCUUUCUGAUGAGUGGUAAAGACCCGAAGAAUCCGGUGAUUUAUGGAGUGUUUACGACAUCCAGUAACAUCUUCAAGGGUUCGGCAGUUUGUAUGUACAACAUGGCCGACAUGCGGAGGGUCUUCCUCGGCCCCUACGCACACCGGGAUGGACCCAACUACCAGUGGGUGCCCUUCCUGGGGAGGGUGCCCUACCCACGUCCUGGAACGUGCCCAAGUCAGACCUUUGGCGGCUUCGACUCCACCAAGGACCUGCCUGAUGAUGUCAUCACCUUCGCGCGAGGUCACCCUGCCAUGUUCAAUGCUGUCCAUCCCAUCAACAACCGGCCCAUCAUUGUCAAGACCGAUGUGGACUACCAGUUCUCCCAGAUAGUGGUGGACAGGGUGGACGCCGAGGAUGGCCAGUACGACGUCAUGUUCAUCGGGACAGAUAUUGGGACCGUGCUGAAGGUGGUGUCCAUUCCCAGAGAGAGCUGGCAUGACCUGGAAGAGGUGCUCCUGGAAGAGAUGACUGUGUUUGUGGAACCGACGCCCAUCACAGCCAUGGAUAUUUCCACCAAGCAGCAACAGCUCUACAUUGGCUCGUCCAUCGGGGUCUCGCAGAUGCCCCUGCACCGCUGCGGGGUGUAUGGCAAGGCAUGCGCCGAGUGCUGCCUGGCCCGCGACCCCUACUGCGCCUGGGACGGCACUGAAUGCUCCCGCUAUUUCCCCACCGCCAAGAGACGAACGAGACGCCAGGACAUCAGGAACGGGGAUCCCCUGACACAGUGCUCGGACCUGCAGCACAACGAUGAUCUUUACAGCCCAGGCUCCUCGUCAGAGAACAAGGUUUUGUAUGGGGUGGAGAACAGCACCACCUUCUUGGAAUGCAGCCCCAAAUCGCAGCGCGCUGCCAUCUACUGGCAGGUCCAGAAGCACAAUGAGGAACGCAAACAUGAGAUAAAGUCAGAAGAGCGCUUCAUUCACAUGGAGCAGGGCCUGCUCAUCCGCGGACUGCAGAAGAAGGACUCGGGGGUGUACUACUGCCACGCCAUGGAGCACGGCUUCAUCCAGACCCUGCUGAGGGUCUCUAUGGAGGUCAUUGACAUGGACGGGCUGGACGAUCUGCUCCACAGGGACGGCGAUGGCUCAAAGCCCAGAGAUGGGCCCGGCCAGCUGGCCAGCCAGAAGGUGUGGUAUCGGGACUUCAUGUCUCUGAUCAACCACCCCAACCUGAGCAACGUGGAGGAGCUAUGCGAGCAGGUGUGGCGACGAGGGCGCAAGCAGCGCCGGCAGAAGGUCCAGAGUGCGCCUCCUCAUGGCAGCAAGUGGAAGCACCUGCAGGAGAAUAAGAAGGGUCGCAACAGGAGGACGCAUGAGCUGGAGAGGGCGCCGCGGAGCGUCUGAGGACCACCAGGGAAUGUCGCUGAACGUGACGGAAAUGCGACGUGCAGCUGUGCUGCACGAGACGCUUACAGUGGCGUGAUGGGGAAGACCGGCCCCCUGCUUACUGCCACUGUAGCCGUCGAGACUCACUGUACUCACUGUACUCACUGUACGCUCAGAACAAUGGAAGCCGCCGCUACGCCUGGACUUCCUGUAAACAGGUGGACAGGCAGGCUGCCUAAAGACUCGUCCGUGUUUAAUUUAGUUUUUUCAUUCAUAGCUAUUUGUAGAUCUUUCAACUGACUCCCAUUAGCUGGAGGCCACCACUGGGCUUGAGCGGGAUGACAGGGUCAGUCUGACAGCUACCAUGGGAUGUGGGACAGCUUUGGACAGUUCUGGCGGAAGUUCCUAUUCUCCUGAAUUCUGGAUGCUUCUGAAUCCCACUACUCUGAAUCCAUGGAAAGCCGCCUCUUCCAAGGAAUCUGCUUGUAAAUUCAGAAUCCUGAAUCUAACCACUGUAUAUAGAACUGAACGGACUUCUUAAGUGGUACGUUCUGACCAAUAAUAUAUUAGGAUAACCUGAUAUCAUGAUUAUUUAUGGAUUUAUGGUAAAUUCUUCUUCCUCCAGCAUACAUUGGCUGAGAUAUGACUCCUCUUAAAGCAAUAGACAUGCAAGCCCAGUGAUCUAUGUUGGCGACGGAAGCUUCCGGAUCAUACAUCUAUUUAAAUGUGAUUCAAAAGGAAUAUUUUAUGUACUUUUUUAUUUACAGAGUAACUAAAGUAUAUCUGACAGUUUCGUUUCUGUAUUAUUGUUUACUUUCCCAUGUUUUUUGUUGAACUACUGCUACGAAGCCCCGUGUGUGUGAUCGCAUCACUCCUGGUGUGUUUAUCAAACUUGUCCCUCACAACAACCUAUAUAAUAUAUAUAUAUAUAUAUUUAAUGGGAAAAUCUGCAGCAUGUGUACCCUAAUGCACCGGACACCAUUGUGUGCCGUUCUUAUAUCAGGACUGUUCUUCUAAAUGACACCUUCUUGAAUAUCCAUCCAUCCAUCCCUCCAUCCAUCCACCCAUCCGCUAACAUAGUCAGUGAGGCUGGAGACUGUCCCCUCUGGAAUAGUAACUCUCAAAACUGCAAUUGUAACCCGUCACGGGCCAGUUGGUGUAACUGAGGAGACAAACAUGCACAGACGCAGACAGAUGUUGGGUUCUCCAGUCAAGCAGCUAGCUGAGACAUAGAUUAUAUGCAGACAUCUGACAGCCCACAGAGUGCAAACUGUUGAAGCGACGUUGGGUUUUACCUUUUAUGAUUAUUUAUAACAAGUCUAACAGUGAUUUUCCUCUGAGUCUGACCCCCACAAUUGAAUCCAUACAAAGAAAUUGCAGUGAGAGGUGUAGUCCAGUAUACCUCUGGGUAGGUAGCCCAAAGCAGGACUCAGCAUCUCAUGUCCUCCAGCGAUGCCUCCUGCACACCCAGCCUGGUGCUGAUGCUGCUCCUGAGCUCUGAGCUCUUUAUUAGUUAUGGCCUGCAGUGGGUGGGCGGCGCCCCAGCUUAUCAUCUGUCCGUUCAUUGAUACGGCGCUUUACAGCUCACCAUCUCCACAGACAAAGGCAGAGGGGAGCUCUCCUCCCUUCACUCCGUCAUGAAUCGAAUGUUUUGGUUUUUCUCCAUGUCUGCCAGUUCGCUGCUGUAAACCCCAAACAGCAGCAGAUAUUAAUAGAGUUUAUUUAUCUAUGACCUCUUUGGGCAAGAGAUAGAGAAAGCUGGGUGUUUAUUAAAUGACUUUUUCCUUUUAAAAAUAGCUGAAGAAUUAUCAUCAGGGUCCAAAACACAGGAAAGUCAAAUGUGAAGAAGCAUAUGAGAAUCCAUAUAUCCUUAGUGUAUAAUAACAUAGAGUAUGAUGAUCUACCCAAUGUGAUCAUUUGACUGUCUCAGAGAUGUACAUAUAUAAAUAAAUAUAGAUAUAUAAUUAUAUUUUUUACAAAAUCCAAGGAACAGUCUGAGGAACCAGCAUAGCCUUGUACUGCACUCCAAUAUUUUGUAUGACAUUUUUCAUUCAGUAAUAGACAUGCUCUCUCAUGUGGAAGACACAGCUCAGUAUAACAUCCACCAGGUGGCGUCCUGAUAAACAUGACCUCCAUCCACCAGGUGGCGUCCUGAUAAACAUGACCUCCAUCUAUCAGGUGGCGUCCUGAUAAACAUGACCUCCAUCUACCAGAUGGAGUCCUGAUCAACAUGGCCUCCAUCCACCAGGUGGAGUCCUGAUAAACAUGGCCUCCAUCCACCAGGUGGAGUCCUGAUAAACAUGGCCUCCAUCCACCAGGUGGCGUCCUGAUAAACAUGACCUCCAUCUACCAGGUGGCGUCCUGAUAAGCAUGGCCUCCAUCCACCAGGUGGCGUCCUGAUAAGCAUGGCCUCUAUUCAUCAGGUGCUGCCCCGGUAAACAUGGCCUCCAUCCACCAGGUGGUCUCCACUUCCCCCUUCAUCACAUUUUCAGAUAAUCUUUGCAACCGGACAAAAAAAAAAAAGAAAUUGUAAAACUGCUGUAAACGAUUCUUUU